CACCUUCAUCUAUCUCCAACAGCCUUCAUUCACCUUUCACCUUCAUCUACCUCCAACAACCUUCAUUCACCUUCAUCUAUCUCCAAUAGCCUUCAUUCACCUUCACCUACCUCAAACAGCCUUCAUUCAUCUUCAUCUACCUCCAAUAGCCUUCAUUCACCUUCAUCUACCUCCAAUAGCUUUUAUUCAUCUUCAUCUACCUCCAGCAGCCUUCAUUCAUCUUCAUCUCCCUCCAAUAACCCUUAUUUUACCAUCAUCUCAUCUCCUCCAAUAGCCUUCAUUCACCUUCAUCUACCCCCAAUAACCUUCAUUUACCUUCAUCUACCUCCAAUAGCCUUCAUUCACCUUCAUCUACCCCCAAUAACCUUCAUUUACCUUCAUCUACCUUCAAUAGCCUUCAUUCAUCUUCAUGUACCUCCAAUAACCUUCAUUCAUUUUCAUCUCCCUGCAAUAGCCUUCAUUCAUUUUCAUCUACCACCAAUAGCCUUCAUUCACAUUCAUCUACCUCCAAUGGCCUCAUUCAUCUUCAUCUACCUCCAAUGGCCUCAUUCAUCUUCAUCUACCUCCAGUAACCAUUCAUUCACCUUUGUCUACCUCCAACAGCCUUCGUUCACAUUCACCUACCUCCAGUAGCCUUCAUUCACAUUCAUCUACCUUCAUUCACCUUCAAUAACCUUCAUCCACCUCCAACGGCCUUCAUUAACCUUCCUCUACGUCCAAUCACCAUUAUUCACCUUCAACUACCUCCAACAGCCUUCAUUCAUCUUCAUCUAAUACCUCGAGUAACCAUUCAAUCACCUUCAUCUACCUCUAAUAAGCUUCAUUCACCUUCAGCUACCUCCAACAGCCUUCAUUCACCUUCAUCUACCUUCAUCUACCUCCAAUAGCCUUCAUUCAUCUUCAUCUACCUCCAAUACCCUUCAAUCAUCUUCAUCUACCUCCAGUAACCUUCAUUUACCUUCAUCUCCCUCCAAUAACCUUUAUUUACCUUCAUCUACCUGCAAUAGCCUUCAUUCAUCUUUAUCUUCCUCCAAUAGCCUUCAUUCACCUUCAUCUACCUCCAAUAGCCUUCAUUCAUCUUCAUCUACCUCCAGUAACCAUUCAAUCACCUUCGUCUACCUCCAAUAAGCUUCAUUCACCAUCAAAUACCUCCAAUAGCCUUCAUUUAUCUUCAUCUACCUCCAGUAACCUUCAUUUCCCUUCAUCUACCUCCAAUCACCUUUACUCACCUUCAUCUACCUCCAAUAGCCUUCAUUCACCUUCAUCUACCUCCAAUAGGCUUCAUUUACCUUCAUCUACCUCCAGUAACCUUCAUUUCCCUUCAUCUACCUCCAAUCACCUUCACUCACCUUCAUCUACCUCCAAUAGCCUUCAUUCACCUUCAUCUACCU